AUGCUUAGUCUCCUCAGCAUCACACUCCUGACCAUUGCAGCUGAACAAAUAUACGCACAAGACACCUCAAAAGAGCAUCAGGGACUUCAACCCUGCGGCGGACACUUAAAGGGUCCCGUAGGCACGAUCACCACUCCAAACUUCCCCAACCCCUUCCCAGUCCCGAUAAAGUGCAAAUGGAUAAUAGAGCAUGACAUAGUGAACGGGACCAUCUCGGUGUACUUUACGCAACAGUACACCACCACCGGGCUCACCUUCACCGAGUACUUGUACUACGAUGAGUCGUACAAGCUAGGGGAGCGGAGGGCACUCACCCUUACUGACGAGAAUAUUACAAAAAUCAAAUGGCUUCAGCCUCGUUCCUCGUUCCGUGGAAAAGGUUAA